AUGAAUGUUGAAGAAGAUCACAACUUUUAUGAUCCUCAGUUAAAGUUUACUACCAUAGAGUUGAAUAGGAUACUCUAUUCGUAUUUACAAUUUGAUGGAAAUUUUGUGGAUGCCUAUGAAUUUUUAGAUUCCAAUUUUACAACAAACAAAAAAUGGUGUAUGGACGAGGUAAAUGAAAUUUUUUUGGAAAUGCUAUCAGAGUUGGAAUCUAAAACAUAUUCUGAAAAUAAUCUUUAUACUGCAAAUCAGAUAUUUGAAGGCUCAAGUAAUGAAAAUUUGUUAGAAGUUGUGGAAAAUAUCAUAGGUGUCUUUGGUAGCACUAAAAAUUUGACAGCUUUUGAUUUAAUAUUUAUAUAUUUUAGGUUCGGAGUUAAAUCAAGUAUUGGAAAUCAAGAAAAAGCAAAUUUAUUAAAUGCUUAUUUAGAACCCAAUACAUCUUUUCAACAUACAUUUGAAUUCAUCCAACAACAGGGAAAUGCAUUGGGUUGGGAUUUGGCCUAUGCAGAAGAAUAUAUUAAGGAAUUAUUAAAUAAAUUACAAUGUAAUAGUUAUACAAUCCAACAAAUUAAUAAUGUCAAAUCAAGGCUCAGAGAUGCAGAAAACGGAAAUUUAAUGCAAAUUAUUGAAUCUAAUAUAGAACAUUUUCAAGAUUUGAAUGUGAUAGAUGUGAUUUUUGUAUAUUUUAACCAGUUUCAAGAUUCAAAUUCAAGCAAUAGUUACACUGAUCGGGAUUGUGAAUUAAUAUUGUUUCAUACGUUGAAAAGAAAUGGAUCAUUAGCAGAAGCUUUAAAUGUACUUCAAACAAACUUUUUCAACAAAAGAAGUAUUAAGUCACUAAAAUUAAAGUACAAUCGUUUAAGAAGAAAAUAUAGAGAAAGUGUUUACACAAAUCGUCAAAUUCAAAUGGUCAAGGAUAAUUUUGCAAAUAUUGAUGAUGAUGAUAAUUUGUUAUCAGAUGUUAGGUAUAAUUCGAAAUAUUUUAAAAGUUUGGACACACUUGAAAUCAUUUAUCUAUAUUUCAGCAAAGUUAAAAGUAAACCAUUUUUUUUCCAUCCAUUAACUAAUGAAGAAAAUGAGCUUUUGGUCUAUCAUUCAUUGAAGUCAAAAGCAUUAGCAAAUUUAGUUGAAAGCUUAAGUACAACCAGUUUUAAUUUUAGAACCAAAGCUCAAUAUUCCAGAAUUUGUAAUCAAACAAUUCGUAAAUUAAAAAAAAAAUCCUAUAGCAAAAGUCAAAUUGAUAUGGUUCAAGAAAGGUUUAAAGAUGCAACAGAUGAAACAAUUUUACAAGAUGCAAGAAAAAUUAAAAAAAAUUUGCAAGGUUUAAAAACAAUAGACAUAUUGUACAUAUACUUCACCAAGUUAAAAAAGAUAUCUGUUUCUUAUGCCAACUACACUAACGAUGAAAAAGAAAUUAUUUUGUUUCAUAUAUUAAAAGAAAGUGAUUUAAUUGAAGAAUCAAUAAAAAAAUUACUUAAAACUCAAUUAGAAGGAAGGAAAUUUGAGGGAGUUAGAGGUGUUUUAUUUAAAAUGAAACGUGAUCUUCAAAAUAAAGAAUUUUCAACUGAUCAAAUUAACAAGGUAGAAAAAGAAUUUGUAAAUUCAGUAAAAAGUGAAAUUACAUUAGAAGAUAUAAAAUCUAAGGCUGAAAAAUUUGAAGAUCUCAAUUCUUUGGAAGUCAUGUACAUAUACUUCAUCAAGUUAAACAAGAAUUCAGUUUCUGGUGAUUUUUAUACUUAUUAUGAAAAAGAACUUAUUCUAUUCCAUAUGUUCAAUAGAAGUGGUUCAAUUGAUGAAGCAAUGAAGGAAUUGGUAAACAAUGAACUUGAAGGAAGGAAUGCUCCAGGAGUUAGGAGCUAUUCAUAUCAGAUUAAAAGUGAUCUUAAGAAAAAGAAUUUUUCAACUAUCCAGAUUGACAAGGUGAAAAAAAAUUUUUUAAAUUCAGUAAAAAGUGAAAUUACAUUAAAAGAUAUAAAAUCUAAGGCUGAAAAAUUUGAAGAUCUCAAUUCUUUGGAAGUUAUGUACAUACUUUACAAUACACUAGCAAAUGCAAGACAAAAUCCGAUGGAAGUUGAAAAAUCCCUAUUAGUUGAAGCUACAAAUGGUGAAGUAAGACGUUCACCGAGAUUGGCUAGAAAAAAUCUGGUUACUGGGAAACGUGCUAGAUAUGAAGAUGAUGAAGAUGAAGGAGAAAGUAAUGAUGACGAUAAUGGUGAUGAAGAAGGCGCUACUAAAAAAGUUAAAAAAUCUACAUUAGUUGAAGCUACAAAUGGUGAAGUAAGACGUUCACCGAGAUUGGCUAGAAAGAAAUAG